AUGCAGUUUGGAGGCGUGCUAGUUUUUGGAUGCUCAGAUGAGUUAGCGAACUCUGGUUUGAAAGCCGACGAAAGAGCAAUCGCAGCACAGGAAGUCCCCGUGGCAACAGUCUCCACUGGAUUAGCUAUACGAAACGAAGAACGCCCUGUGGAAAUUAUUGCAACAGCGUCCGAAUCUCUUAUCAAGGAGGUUGAUGAUGCAAUUAGCAACAUGGAUUGUAAAGUGGUCAAGAUUGGGGCCUUAUUUUCUGAAGAGUCUAUCGGAAUUGUAUCCAGAAGCUUACAACAAAGGGCACAAUUACUGCAAGUUUUGGAUGUUGAGCCAUUCUUCAAAACAGGCCCUGCUCCAAAGCAAGAAGUGAUUACAGCGCUCAGGAAAGAAAUACUUCCAUCAAUAAAAAUCCUUUCCGCAACAGUUCCAGAAGUCAAAGCACUGCUAGAUGAGGCCGGUAUCGCUAUCGACUAUCCAAAAAGUAUACAGGAUGUACAGUCAAUGGCAAACACCUUAAGAAGCUUAGGACCUGAGUACGUUAUUAUAAAGAGAGAGAUCUUCGAAGAGAGUGAUGGAAUGACGACACUGCAUUUUGUUCUGUGCGGCGGCGAAGAGCCCCUAACAUUGACUUCUCGUUUUGAGAACCCAAAACGACUGUUUGGAGCAAGUUAUUCUAUCCCUCCGGCAAUUGCAGCACACUUGGCUAAAGGAUACUGUGUUCCGGAAGCAGUGUCUGCAAGCUUUAAGUUUGUCGAGGAGAUGCUCAAGGGAGGGCAAUAUUUUAUCUGA